AUGGCAUAUGGUCAAGUAGGUAGCAUGCUUAUGUUUUUUCAAGACAAAAUUAUCGAGAACCCAUCUUUCCAAUAUGCAUUGCAAAUGUAUUGUGAAGAACAAAUAGCAAACAUAUUUUGGGCUAAUACUAAAAUGAUCACUGACUAUGCACAUUUUGGUGAUGUUGUUAGUUUUGACACUAUGUUUGGAAAAAAUAAAGAGAGCAGGCCUUUUGGUGUGUUUGUUGGAUUCAAUAAUUUUAGAGAAACAAUAGUUUUUGGUGCAGCUCUUAUGUAUGAUGAAACAUUUGAGUCCUUCAAGUGGCUCUUUGAGACCUUUCUAAAAGCACAUAAUGGGCAGCAACCUAAAACAAUGUAUACAGAUCAAGAUUUUGCAAUGGGAAAAGCAGUUGGGGAAGUUUUUCCAGAAGCAUGGCAUGGACUGUGCACCUUUCACAUUAUGCAAAAUGCUAUCAAACAUCUAACUCAAGAGAAGAAUGAAGAAUCAAGUGUUCUCUCAUAUUUUAGCGCAUGCAUGUAUGAGUAUGAGGAUGAGGCAAAAUUUGAAGAGGCAUUUGACAUGAUGAGGAAAAAGGUGAGCAAGCAAACUUGGUUGGACAGUAUAUACAAGUUGAAAGAAAAAUGGGUUGAAUGUUAUAUGAAGGAUGUUUUCACACUAGGAAUGAGAAGUACACAAUUGAGUGAGAGUUUGAACAAUAACCUGAAAUUUCAUUUGAAAUCUAAUUUUGAUAUCAUUCGAUUUCUUAAGCAUUUUGAAAGGGUGGUGCAAGGAAAAAGAAAUAAUGAACUGAAUUCGGAAUUUGAUUCAAGGAAAAAAUUACCUAGAAUCAAAAUGAGGACACCUAUGUUGUUGCAAGCUAGCAAGCUUUACACACCUGUUAUAUUCGAAGCUUUUCAAGGUGAAUAUGAAAGAUCCAUGGCAGCAUGCACCAAGGCAUUGGAUGGAAAUAAUGAAUAUCUUGUAGCAAUUGCCAGUUUUGAGGGAGAUUUGAUCUUUGAGGAGGAGUACAAAGUUAUUGGUGAUCCUUUGGAUCAAACAGUUGAACAAGAGGCUGGGGAAGAAGCACUCUAUGUUGGUGCAACAGCACAAGUGGCAAAUGAUAGUGCUUCUAAGGUCAAGGAGGAGUCUGGAGAAUACACAGUCCUUAAUAGCUUCACUCAACUCUUGACGGGACCAAUCAAUGAUAAUCUUCUUACUGAAGAAUUAUUUUAG